AUGACUUAUGCACGAACAGCAUACCCAAAGCCAGAUAUUUUAGUUUGGGCUGGAAAAGCAGUGCGUAAAGUCAUAACGCACUUCCUAUUACGUUUUACUCGAACAGCACAUACCGUCACAGGAGGACCGAUAAGCGUUGUCGUGCUGACAGGCGCAUUCCGCAUAUCAAUAAGAAAGAAGGAGGAAGCGAAGAGUGUGACCCCUGCGUGCUGGAAUGAAGAUCCUCGUGCGGAUGCUGGCUGGGAGCACCUGGUGGUGAGUAAAGGCUACCCUUUCGAGAGCCACAAGGUGGAGACGGAAGACGGCUACGUCAUCGAGAUGCACCGUAUUCCCGAGGGACGGACGCCGUCGUCGCGACCCGGGCAACCCGUAUUCCUUAUGACGGGACUCGGCGCCGAUUCUUCCAUCUUUGUCUUCGACUUUCCCGGACAGUCUCUGGGGUUUGUCCUAGCGGACGACGGCUACGACGUAUGGCUCGGAAACACCAGAGGGAGUACUUACGGCAAAGAGCACAGGACGCUCGACGUCAAAUCUAAGCGUUUCUGGGACUUCUCCUUCCACGAGCAUAGCCUCUACGACGCCCCCGCCCAAAUCGACUACGUCCUGAAUACGACAGGAAGUCCGAGCCUCAUCUACGUCGGCUACUCGCAGGGUACCCUCAUGUUCUUCACCAUGAUCUCCGAAAGGCCAGAAUACAACUCCAAGGUAUACGAGCAACAACAACAAAAAAAGUGUUCUUCCUCAUAG